CCGGCCGCAACAACAACGACGCCCGGCGCUCCCCAUAGCGAGUGCUUGAUUAGUCGCAUUUCUCUCGUCGACUCGCGCAGACACGCCUCGCGUAGAUUCGCGCGCCACGUGCGUCUGAUCGCUGGAACGUGAAUUUCGUGUGUGAACAAUCAUUGUGAUCCGGGUGUUGUUUUUGGGAAGGUAGUGAAACAAGAUACUGGUUUUCGUCAAUGCAACUUAAUCCCGAGUACAUAUGUGGAGUUAUUAUGAAUGACGAAAUGAUAAUAAUCUAAUAACGAGACUUGUCGGAGAGGACCAGGGAUAGCAGCUUUGUGAUCACAGGUGCUGGAAAAUCUGUUUUUGUGAAACUUACGGGCAAAGGUGCAAUUGCCUGGAAAAACAGGCAAAUCAGUGAAUGAAAAUGUCUUGAAAAUGUGGUUUAGUGAAUAAAAACGUGAAUCUAACACGUAGCAGCAGUGACGGAGUGACAAAGGAAAGAAAACGGCAAAAAACAGGGGCGACGUUCUGUCUAUCCUGUUUAGGAGGAAAUCGAAUUACCAAAAGGGGGAAGGAAAACCACACCGAACGGGCGCCGCAGUCAAUACGGCUCGGUUAUAGAGCUGUGGCUGGCUGGCAGGCAGCAGACUGCCAGAAUUGGGAUAGGCUUCGGCUCAACACAAGCAGAGCGCUCGAGGGAAAACAGCCAACGGUGCAGCAAAACAAAACAUGGCUGCUGAGCGGGACUACAUCGGUUUCGCGACCCUAGCCGAACAGGUGCACCGCAAAUCGGUCAAGCGUGGUUUCGAGUUCACGCUGAUGGUUUGCGGCGAGAGCGGGCUCGGCAAGUCCACGCUGAUCAACAGCCUGUUCCUGACGGACCUGUACCAGAACCGGACGGUCUCGCAGGUCGAGGAACGGACGGAGAAAACGACCAAAAUCGACAAGAAGACGCUCGAUAUCGAGGAGAAGGGUGUGAAGCUGCGGUUGACCAUCGUGGACACACCCGGGUUCGGCGACUCGAUCAACUGCGAAGACAGCUGGCGGGUGUGUACGCAGUACAUUGACGAACAGUUCCGGCAGUACUUCACCGACGAAAGCGGCCUGAACCGGCGGAACAUUCAGGAUAAUCGUGUUCAUUGUUUGCUCUACUUUGUGCCACCUUGGGGACAUGGUCUCCGACAGAUGGACAUCGACUUGAUGCGACGGAUGCACAAGAAGGUCAACAUCGUGAUAGUGAUCGGCAAGGCGGACACGCUGACGACGACGGAAGUGCAACGGUUGAAGACCCGCGUCCUCGAAGAUAUCGAAUCAAACGGCCUGCAGAUCUACCAGUUUCCCGAGUGCGAUUCGGACGAAGACGAGGAGUUCAAACAGCAGGACCGUGAACUGAAAGCCAGCAUUCCUUUUGCCGUGGUGGGGAGCAAUGUCGUGCUCGAGGUGGCCGGCAAGAAGAUUCGGGGUCGUCAGUACCCUUGGGGGGUUGUGGAUGCGGAAAACCCCCAGCACAGUGACCUCAUCAAGCUGCGUACGAUGCUCAUCUCGACGCACAUGCAGGACCUGAAGGACACCACCCGCGACGUACACUACGAGAACUUCCGGGCCCAGUGCAUUUCGCAGAUUUCUCAGCACGCGCUGCGGGAGCGCAACAAGCUGAAACGGGAAUCGAUCGCUUCCAGUCACGAAUCCAGUAGUUUUAACGACACCGAUCGGUUGCUGCAGCAGAAGGAAGAGGAAAUUCGACGAAUGCAGGACAUGCUUGCUCAGAUGCAGGAGAAGCUGAAAUGCACUCAAGUAAACGACACCGUAAUCGACGUCUAGAUGAUGAUGAUGAUGCAUCCAAACGCCAUCGAAUCCCCCACUUUUGAUGAUAAACACGCGCAAUUUUUAGGUGGAAUUUUUCGUUAUAGAUUAGGGCCUGUCUCGCACCCAAUGACGAUACACCACAUACAGAUACAACAAUCAGGAAUUUAAGAAAACGAAUGAAUUUUGGUUUCGUUCUGGUUUAUUUUGACACUUCGAUCUGUCAAACGUGACAGAUUGAAUGUCAAACAGCGCAAUAAAAACAAAAAAAAUGCAAAUUUGAGCCCAAUCACAAAUAACUCCUCAAAAAAUAGGAAACAAAAAUUCCUAUCAAGUUUGUUAACGGUAUAGAAGCUUCAUCUCCUUCCCUUAACUUACAUACCAUCCCUCUUAUCAUCAACAAACAACCAUAACACUUAAUCGAUGUCUAAUUGUAAUUGUAGCGAAAAUGUACUCAAUUUCCACACAACAAAUAGAAUCUUAUAUAGACCUAAUCAAAAUGAUAAAAAAACUAGAAUAAUAAUCGAACAUGACCAAAGAACACAAUCAACCACGAACAAUAGGCACAGUCGGAAACCACCAAAAAAAAGAACACGUUGACCUACUGAAACAGAUACAAAAUAAAGAAAAAUCGUGCAAUAAGGAAGACAGGAAGCGGACAGAGCGAAAUUUAGUCAGUCGCGAGAGUUGACGAUCAUUGGAGAGAACAAGUGAAAAAAGAAGUUGUUUCAAACAAUCGGUUUAAGCUGUUAUACUUUUGUAGUACCUAGUGUACGGUAAGUCGAGGAACGUCCGCUCUAUUUUCUAACCCAGUAGUGUUUAUAGGAAGCGACGGAACCCAACAACCAUCAGCAGUGAAAUUCAAGAAGCUAUAUUUAUAAUUGUUUGCUCUUACAAAUGUUUAUUUCUACAAACUACCAUCUAGGUUUAAUUAUUCAGAACAAGAAUAUUUAUUUUCCAUCAAGUGGAUCAAACUCGAAUCAGUUCGCGCUAGCUUAUGAUCUGUAACUACUAUUUAUUUAAUCUGAGAACAAGAAAUCGACGACCGAAUUUGUUUGCACUACCGCAAGGUUCGAACAAGGACAAACUUAUUAAUCCGAUGGAGUAGUAGUACAUAGUGUUCGAUAUGCGUUCCGCCACACCGUAAGAGUGCGUUAUCUCUUACGCGCCGGACAUUAGUGAAUCCAGUUUGUAAAAGGACAAAUUACAGUGCAACCACCUUACAAGUAUUGCUAGAAUGUCUAUAGAUAUUUCAAUAAAGUUUAAUUUUAAAACAUUGAA